AUGGUGGCAGCCUCCGUGGUCCGCGCCGCUGGCGCGACUCCCCACGGAGCGCGUGGAGGUGAAGGCGUCCCGGUGUGUGGCGAGGGUGUCACGGCUGCGGCGCACAUCAACAUCCAGGAAGACCUCUUGCUGGCCGCGCAGGCGUCUUUGGGCCUGAAGCAGAAGCCAGGCGUAUCGGACGUCAAGCGCGAGCUUCGGCGGAGAGGAUGCAGCUCCUUAGCCUCGAAGUGCGGCCGGCUUUCGAAGCUGCGGAACACCGAGGCCCACAUGGCGGCGAGCCUCCCGGCGGCGGUGGCGGCUGCGCUGAUGGGCUCGCCUGAGUCGGGCGACCAGCAGCCCGGCUCGGUGGGCCGCUUGGUGCUUGACACGGUGUCCAGCGAGGAGUUUGCGACGGCCUCUGACUCCCAGCACGGCUCCUUGCCGCUGGAGAAGAAGCUGGUGUCGUCCCAGUCGCCGGCCUCGGACUUCCUGCACGACCCCGAGAAGCAGGAGGUAAAGUUGGAGGAGAUCAAGUUGCUGGUCUCGGACGAGCAGUUCGUCAAGAGCGGCUGCGCCACGCCUACCGCUGCCCGCUUGGGUGGGCGCAUGGGCGGGGCCAAGCUCCCUGUGGAGGCCGAGGCGCCGACGGAGGCCGCGCCGCCCAUGAAGCAGGCCUCAGCUAUGGGAACCGCCGCGUACGACGAGGAUGAGUUCCGCGAGGCGACCAAGGGCCUCAGCGGGCGCCAGUCCUUAGUCCUGGCCGUCGUCGACGGCAUCGUGGAGGGCAAUGUCGAUGUGUCCCUGUCUGAAGUCCUCAGGCUGCUGGACGGCAUGGGAGCCGCUGACGAGCGGGUGGCCGGGACCCUCGACGGGCGCAGCGAAGCCAAGGUGCCAAGUGACCAGAGGACGCGGAUGACGGCGCAGGAGGCCUGCGUUGGCAAGGCUCGCCUCGGGCAGCAGCCCGCCCCUGAGUCUGACCCUCGAGGACCUUGCCCCCUGCGUGCUGGCCUGGAAGUCCUGGGCUGCAACGGUAACGUCUGGAACAGGAGCGUCGAGGUCCUCGAGGCCUUCGUUCACGCCCACCAGUACUGGCCGCAGCUGGUCCUCCUUCAGGAGACGAGGCUAACCCAGGAACGGCUCCCUGGGGCCAGGGCGAUGGCACGCCGCCUCGGCUACGCCGCCUUCUUCCAUGAGGCGGUGGCCGCGGGCCAGCCUGGCCCGAACGCCACGUCGGGCGGCGUCGCGAUCCUGGUGAGGGCUGGGCUCCAGGCCGAGGAGUCAGCAUGCCAGCUCCCUGCGGCCCUGCGCCACCGCCUCAUCGGCGUUGAGGUGGCGGCGCCGUCGGGCCUCCGUCUCCUGGCCUUGGCUGGGUACUUCCAGCGCUCCCUGGGCCCGCGGGGGACCAACCUCGACCUGUUCUCCUCGGUCUCGGACCUCGUGGCAUUCUCGCUCGACUUGCCCUGGGUCCUCCAGGCGGAUUUCAACGUGGAGCCCGAGCCCCUGCAGGAGUUGGGCUGGCCUGCAGCGGUUCGAGGUCAGGUGCUCGGACCCUCUGAAGCGACCUGCGUCGCCCAGGGCGUGGAGCACGUCUACGACUGGUUCGUCGCGUCGUCCGACCUGGCCAAGUGCACGGUGUCCUGCGCGACCACGCUCAACGACUUCGGGCUGCGCCCGCACUCUCCCGUGCUGCUGCGCCUCCAGGACGUCAGGUGCGAUGCCCUGGUUGAGGUGCCCUCCCGUCCAGCUCGGUUUCCAGAGGUGGAGGUCAAAGGAGCGCGCUCCCGCGAGGACGCCUUGGUCCAGGCCUUCACUGUCUGCAAGCGCGGCAAGGUGUCGCAGAGGGGCGUUGCUUGGUCAUGGGCUCAGGGUUCGCGCCCGACCUGCCUCUCUGCUGCUUUCGGCGAGUGGGUCGAGGCGCCGGGGGGCACCCUCACGGGCAUCCAUGAGAUUGCGCCAGGCGACCUGCCACGCUACCUUGGGUGAGCGGCAGGGCCCAAGACCAGGCGCAUGCCCUUCAGCGCGCUGGUGCAGCGUGAGGCCAGGCUGAAGUACAGCAUGCUGGCCCACCGCCUGAGGAGCUGUCUGGCGGUCGCCCUCCAGAGGCUUCGCGCCGAGCAGGCCAGCAGGUGGCACCCGAC